AUGGGAACCUCAAGGCAGGAAACAGGGGAGAGCCACGGCUGGCUCCAGGACUGCAUGAUGCAUCAUUCUAACAGCCUAUGGUCACUAAACGGAACACUCAUUGAUCUGGGGAGAGACUACCGGCGUCACAUGUCUGGGGGCAGCCUGAUCAUUACCAGCCUGGACAAGGACCAAGACAGCGGGGUGUACCAGUGCAUGGGCUUCAACACAUGGGGGUCCGUCCUGAGCCGCAGAGCGAGCCUCCAGUUUGCCUAUCUUGAUAACUUCAAGACUCAGACGGUGAGGAGUGCUGUCAACGUCCGCGAGGGCCAAGGAGUGGUUCUGUUAUGUGGACCUCCUCCACAUUCCGGAGAGCUGACGUUCGCGUGGAUCUUCAACGAAUAUCCGUAUUUCGUCCAACAAGACAAUCGAAGAUUCAUCUCCCAAGAGACCGGAAGUCUGUACAUUGCCAAGGUGGAGACGUCAGACGUGGGCAACUACACUUGUGUGGUCAACAACACCGUCACCAGAGAGAAAGUUCUCAGUUCUCCAACACCACUUGUCCUCAGGAGUGACGGAGUAAUGGGAGAAUAUGAACCCAAAAUAGAGGUUCAUUUUCCAGAUCCAGUCCCGGCUGCGAAAGAAUCGGUGGUGAAACUGGAAUGUUUUGCCCUGGGAAACCCUGUCCCAGAAAUAAGCUGGAGGAGAACGAGCGGCGUCCCUUUCCCCAGCAAAGUCAAAAUGAAGAAUUCGAAUGCCGUCCUGGAAAUCCCUAACUUCCAGCAGGAGGACGCGGGCACAUACGAGUGUAUGGCAGAGAAUCGUCGGGGCAAAAAUGCAGCGCGGGGUCGCAUUUCAUUCCACGCUAAACCCCACUGGCUCCAGACAAUAACGGACACGGCUCUGUCCAUAGAGGAGAACCUCUUCUGGGAGUGUAAGGCCAGCGGAAAACCAAAACCAUCCUACAGCUGGCUGAGGAAUGGAGAGCAAGUGACAGCUGAGGGCCGGGUACAAAUCGAAAAUGGGGCUCUUUCCAUAACUGCGUUAAACCUGUCAGAUUCCGGAAUGUAUCAGUGUGUGGCUGAAAACAAACACGGCAUCAUUUAUUCCAGUGCCCAACUAAUGGUGUUAGCUUCAGCUCCUAGCUUCUCAAAAAGUCCAUUAAAGGCCCUUCUAAAAGCUCGUUCAGGCAGCGAAGUCACUCUUGAAUGCGAGCCCGAAGCCGCGCCCCCAGCAAUUAGCCUGUGGAAGAAAGGGAAUGAGAUCCUGCAAAGAACUGAAAGGAUUAAUUUGUAUCCGAAUGGAACAUUGAAGAUUGCCAAUGUGACUAAACGGGAUGCAGCUACUUACACGUGCAUAGCUAAGAACCAGUUUGGAACAGCGAGCACAACUGGAAGGCUCCUUAUCACCGAUCCCACCAGAAUCACCAUGAGGCCCACUAACACGGAGAUCAUAGUUGGCGAGAGCAUCGUGCUGCCCUGCCAGAUUGCCCACGACCCGGCUCUGGACGUCUCUUUCUCGUGGGCGUUCAACGGCCAGCUCAUCGACUUCGUGCUGGACGGCGAUCACUUCGAAAGAGUGGGCGGGAGCAUCGCAGGGGAUCUGAUGAUCCGGAACAUCCAGCUUAACCACGGCGGAAAAUAUGUCUGCCUCAUCGACACUGAUGUGGAGAGCCUGUCCACCUCGGCCAUCUUGGUUGUCAAAGGUCCCCCGGGCCCUCCAGAUAAAGUAGCGGUGGAGGAAAUCACAGACAGCACAGCCCAGCUAUCCUGGACUCCCGGAAGGGACAACGGCAGCCCCAUCACUGGCUAUAUCAUCCAGGGUCGGACACCUUUCACCGUGGGCUGGCAGGCUGUAGACACAGGUCUAAUAUUAAACUUCGCAGUGCCAGAGGCGGUCAACGGGAACACGCUGACAGCCACGGUGGUGGGUCUGAAUGCCUGGGUGGAGUACGAGUUCAGGGUGGUGGCUCGUAACGCCGUCGGCCUCGGAGAGCCAAGCCCAGCCUCAGCCAAGACCAGAACAGAGGACACCGUUCCUGAUACGGCUCCCACUGAUGUUGGAGGUGGAGGCGGCACAAAGUCUGAAUUAGUGAUAACAUGGGAGCCUGUGCCCGAGGAAGUGCAGAACGGAGAGGGUUUCGGCUACAUCAUCGCCUUCAGGCCCGUGGGCACGGUCACGUGGACGCGGGCGGUCAUCUCCACGCCCGGCGUGGCGCGCUACGCCUUUCGCAACGACACCAUCCCACCGUUCUCGCCUUUCGACGUCAAAGUGGGAGCCUAUAACAACCGAGGGGAGGGGCCGUUCAGCUCCAUCGCCACUGUCUUUUCUGCAGAAGAAGUCCCCAGUGUGGCGCCGAAAAGGGUCAGGGCCAGAAGCGUGUCUGCAGCACAAAUUGAAGUGAUGUGGGAAGCUCUCCCUGACAUUCCUGAAAGAGUGCUUGGAUAUGAGGUGGUGUACUGGGAAGACGACACCAAGCCCGACACCGUCGGCAAAGUGCGCAUCACGGGAAACUACACCCUGGUUAACAUCACGGGGCUGAGAGCGAACACGGUGUACUACCUCUCUGUGGCUGCCUUUAACACUGCCGGCCCCGGACCGCAGUCAGCCCCCAUCAACAACACCACAAAGAAACCACAUCGGCCCCCGCUCAACAUACAAUGGACCAUGAUUGGUUCCACGCUCACACUGCAUUGGGAUCCUGUAGUAGCCAUGGAUACGGAGUCAAAGGUGACGCUGAAAAAGCAUCGCUACAAUGAAAUACACACCAUCUUCACCAACAAAACCACAGCUGAGCUCAGCCUCUCAGCCAACGACAACUAUCUCAUUCAGGUCAAGGCUAUGAGCGAGGGCGGUGAAGGAGUGGGCAGCGAACCCAUCCACAUCCACAAAUUAAGCAUGGGCGCUCGGGGCUCCGGAGCAUGCCGCCUCUGCUGGUUUUCCCGCUCGGCUGUCUUCAUCUGCGCACUAUUUUCCUCAGUCUGGUGAUGUGGACGGGCAGUCCAUACCCCGUUGAGCCCUAAACCUCCUCUACCCCCUUAAUUUAGCCCGCUCUGUGUUGACUCUCCAACAGACCGGCGGUUUCAGUCAAAGAGGGGGAAGGAUAGUAGGGCUGUAUCAGACUCCUUAAGGGACCGUGCCGCUUUUUUUAACAGACCAUCAGAUGGAGAAGAGACCAAUGACAUCCGUGUUGUCUUGGUAGUCCUCCCAGCGUUAGAAAGUGCCACCGUGCUCUAAUUUUCAUUUUUAGAAGUUCUGAUGUCUCCAUGACUUUUUCUUCUUUAGUAUCUUUGGAAAUACUGUUGCCUUAAAACCUACUUAUCUAAAACAGUCCAAACCAAAGGAGGUGACUGAGGCUGCUUGCUGUAACUCAAUGUUCAUUUUUAUUUGAUUUUUUUGGGGUCAAAACACAUUCAUCUUCACAACUUCGUAGGCAGAGGGAUUCAAAUAUAAUCAUUGGUUUAGUUUUCUAUGUUUUUAGCUCAGUUGUUCUCUAACUACCCUCGUACCCUAAAGAUAUUAGCCCAUAAAAAUAAUUUUACUGUGCAGUAGAAACAUCCAGUGCAGUGGUAAGAUUUUUUUUUACCAGGCUUUGUCCAAUAUAUGGUUGAUGCAUAAUUGAUCAGCUGUGCCUGAAACCCACUUAUCUCCAUGUCCUGAAAGGAUAUUGUCUGCUCAAGAACCUCAUGCUCCUGAGCAUUAGGCCCCUCCACAACACUGAUAGAUCUUGGCAUUUUGCUCCCUAUCUCGUGCUCCUCUUGAAUAAUAAAUGCCUAUCACACUCUGCAUCCUCGUUCUCGUGAAAAAGUUGUGAUUGAGGAGAAUAGAUGUGUGCUGAGGCAACGUUGAGCCAACACCACACACACACUGUUCUGUCUCCUAAUAAAAAUGACCAGUGUUCUAAAUCGUAUUACAGAACGUGUGACGUCCACACCCUCAAUGAACAGCUGUCACAGUGCACAAUGGACUACAGGAAUACAGUGCCUUCACCAGAGCUCAACUGUUUUUAUUUGUAUUUUUUUCCUUUUUAAAUAGCUAUGAGGAAGAUCGGUUGCAGCAGAGGAAUUGUUUGCUUUGCUUGUCUUUCCCGUAUAGUAUUAGUUUAAAAGGAGAGGACACUCCGAAUGUAGGACCAAACCUUAAUUGGAAAUGGUGUGUUGAUUAAAUUUUCAUCGCGGUGUGGGAUCACAGAAGAGCUGACAGCUUUGGGGAAAGCUGUGAUGGAUAGCGAUAGAUGAUGGAAAUUUGGGUCCCAGUCUUCAUGAUCUGUGGCAUAAUAAAUGUAUGACUUCAUCCGUAUCAUAAUUUAUGGGCUAUUAAGGCAUCAGAAUAAUGGAUGAGAAUACCACGGCGAAAGGAGCCCUGACUGGAAAUGGAGCACAAGGCAUGGUUGUCAUUCACCCCCUCACCCCCCCCACCCCCCACCCCCCACCACCUCACCACUGUCUUUUGGACGCAUACCAGACUGAACAAUAACAAAAGAGCGUUGCUGCUCUGCUUGG